CUCCCUCACAUCCGGGUGUCGCCUCUUCAGCGCAGACGCGUCGCGGUGAUUGCAGCGCUCUGCGUUUCCGCGUUAGUAGCGGGGGGAACGGAGCACAGCGAGAGUGGCCAAACAUAACUGAAUUACACUGGCCGUUCCGCGAUUAAAAUGAAAAAGACGUGACAUACCAUCCGGCGUCCGUGUUUAAGGAAUGAGCGUGGGAUUAUGACACGAGACGGAAUGACAACACUGCCUGACAUGUGAGACGUCAGGACAAAUACAACAACAGUGUGCUUGUGUGGCUGUCUCCGCCACCGUCUGUUUAUGCUCGCUCUGUUGAUGCACAUUUUGCAUUCGUUUCGCAUUUGCUUGGAGGCAAUAUGAAGAAGUUUAAUAUCAGGAAGGUGUUGGACGGCUUGACGUCCUCUUCCUCCUCCGCCGCGUCCCUUCAGUCGGGAAACCGGGAGAAUGACAUGAUUCAGGAGACCCUGCAGUCAGAGCAUUUCCAGCUCUGCAAGACAGUGCGACAUGGCUUUCCCUAUCAACCCUCCUCCAUGGCUUUUGACCCUGUGCAGAAAAUUUUGGCUAUUGGCACACAAAGCGGAGCCCUGAGACUAUUCGGCCGAGCUGGAGUGGAGUGUUUCUGCCAGCAUGAGAGCGGAUCGGCGGUCAUCCAGCUAGAGUUUCUUGUAAAUGAAGGUGCGCUAGUAAGUGCUUUGGCAGAUGACAGUAUUCAUUUGUGGAAUCUGAGGCAAAAACUUCCAGCCGUCCUUCAUUCUCUUAAAUUUAACCGGGAGAGGAUCACGUUUUGCCAUUUGCCGUUUCAGAGUAAAUGGCUGUACGUGGGCACGGAAAGAGGGAACAUUCACAUUGUCAAUGUGGAGUCCUUCACCCUCUCAGGCUAUGUGAUCAUGUGGAACAAAGCCAUCGAACUUUCCUCAAAGACUCAUCCUGGACCUGUAGUUCAUAUCAGCGAUAACCCUAUGGACGAAGGGAAACUUUUAAUUGGUUUUGAGUGUGGCAUAGUUGUGCUGUGGGACUUGAAAUCGAAGAAAGCUGACUAUCGGUACAGCUAUGAUGAGGCGAUCCACUCCGUGGCAUGGCAUCACGAGGGGAAACAGUUUGUGUGCAGUCACUCAGAUGGCACGCUUACCACAUGGAAUAUACGCGCUCCUGCCAAGCCUGCCCAGAUCAUUACGCCACAUGGUAAACAGCCCAAGGAUGGAAAGAAGCCGGAGCCUUGCAAGCCCAUCUUGAAAGUGGAGUACAAAACUACCAGAGCAGGGGACCCAUUCAUGAUACUGUGUGGAGGUUUGUCAUAUGAUACAGUGGGUAGACGAGCCUGUCUGACUGUGAUGCACGGGAAAAGCACUGCAGUGCUGGAGAUGGACUACCCCAUAGUGGAUUUCCUUACGCUGUGUGAAACCCCAUAUCCAAACGAUUUCCAGGAGCCUUAUGCGGUUGUUGUCCUGCUGGAGAAGGAUUUGGUUCUCAUUGAUCUUGCACAAAUUGGGUAUCCGAUCUUUGAGAAUCCAUAUCCUCUGUCCAUCCACGAGUCUCCAGUGACCUGCUGUGAAUAUUUUGCGGACUGUCCAGCUGAAGUCAUUCCUGCACUUUACUCCGUGGGCUCCAGACAGAAGAGACAAGGGUUCAGUAAGAAGGAAUGGCCUAUAAGUGGAGGUAACUGGGGCCAGGGAACACUAAGUUUCUCAGAGAUGAUCAUCACUGGGCAUGCUGAUGGAUCGAUCAAGUUUUGGGAUGCCUCAGCAUUAAUGCUGCAGGUUUUGUAUAAGCUGAAAACAGCGAAGGUGUUUGAGAAGCCCCGCAGUAAAGAGGAGAAAUCCAGCACUGAAAUUGUGGAUGAAGAUCCGUUCGCCAUCCAGAUUCUGUCCUGGUGUCCAGAGAGCCGUGUCCUCUGUGUGGCUGGAGUCUCGGCUCAUGUCAUAGUGUACAGGUUCAGCAAACAGGAAGUCACCACUGAAGUGGUUCAGCUCCUGGAGGUGCGUAUGCAGUGUGAGCUGAAUGAAGUGGAGUCUCCCGAGUGUGGAGGCGAGCAGGCGUCAGCUGUGUCCACCCCAGGAACCCAAUCUAGCCCUCAGACCUCCCUGCCUCAGUCCCACCCCUCCACCAGCAGCAACAACUCGUCUGACGGCCUGCGAGAUAACGUGCCCUGUCUCAAGGUCAGGAGUUCUCCUCUCAAACAGUCUGCGGGGUACCAGGUGGAGCUGCUCAUUCAGCUGGUGUGGGUCAGCGGGGAGCCGCCACAACAGAUCACCAGCCUGGCCGUCAACUCUGCAUAUGGCCUAGUUGCUUUUGGCAAUGGUAAUGGACUUGCCGUGAUUGAUUACCUUCAGAAAACACUGCUUCUGAACAUGAGCAUAGCUGAGCUGUAUGGAUCAACAGAUCCUCACCACAGACAACCGCGCUCGCCCCGCAAAACCAGACAGCCCUCAGCAGGUCUUUGUGAUGGUAAUGAUGCAUCAGCCGCACCAGAGGAGAAAUGCAAAUCACCAACAGGCUCCGGUUCACUGUGCAAUUCUGAUGAAGACAGCAAACAAAAGUUAAUUGACAGGGGUACGAUGCAUUAUAAACAGCUUUUUUGUCUUAGGAGAUCUUUUAUUUUAUUUGAUUGGUUCUAUUCAAUACAUUUUCCAGUGAAGUCCAAAAGCAAGCGGAUAUCCAAGACUGUUGCCAAUGACUUUGCUAAGAUAUCCCGGAAAAUUAACAUGAUUGCUGAUCAGAAAGAUGACGCCAGGGACAACUCAUUCAGCCGCUCACGCAGCUCCAGUGUGACCAGCAUUGACAGAGAGUCACGUGAGGUCAUUUCUUCCUUCUACUUUUGUGACUCUCUGUCCAAGAAGAGCGAGACUGUGGCAGUGCCCAGCCUGUGGGUGGGCACCUCAUUGGGCAGCAUGCUGGCCAUCGUCCUCACUGUGCCCUCCACACCAGAGCAGAGGAUGCAACAGCCCUUGGGCGUCGCUUUCUGUGGUCCAGUCGUGCGCUUGAAGGGAGGUAUUUUGCGCAUGGCCCAGCUGGACGCCAGCGGGACCCUUCUGCCCCAUGUUUACGAGUCCUGGUAUGAGCCCAACGCCCCUGAGGAGGAGAGAGAACGGCCACAGAGACGCCGGCCCACCUCGCCUCCUUCGACUCUGGAGAACCCGGACUGUCAGUACGCUGUGGUCUGCUCAGAGAAACAGGCGAAGGUGGUGGCAAUGCCCUCUCAAAACUGUGUCUAUGAACACAACAUCACAGAGACCUCCUUCGUACUGAGAGCUGAUGUGGUGACGAUGACCGCAGGGGUCGGCAUCGCCUGCUUCUGUGCCAAUGGCCAUAUCAUGACCCUCAGUUUGCCCAGCCUGCGGCCACUGCUAGAUGUGAACUACCUUCCCCUGACAGACAUGAGGAUAGCUAGAACCUUCUGUUUCUCAAACCAAGGCCAAGCCCUGUACCUCACAUCGCCCACUGAGAUCCAAAGAAUCACCUAUAUCCAGGAAACCUGUGAUAACCUGCAGGAGAUGCUUGGAGAGCUGUUUACUCCAGUGGAGACACCAGAGGCUCCAAACCAAGGCUUCUUCAAGGGUUUAUUUGGAGGCGGGGCUCAGUCUUUAGACCGAGAGGAUCUGUUCGGAGAGGUGUCUGCUGGUAAAGCUUCACGCAGCCUGGCGCAGCACAUCCCAGGUCCAGGUGGUAUGGAGGGCAUGAAGGGGGCCGCGUCCGGUGUGGUGGGAGAGUUGGCACGGGCGAGGAUAGCUCUGGAUGAGAGAGGACAGAAACUAGGCGAGCUGGAGGAGAGGACAGCAGCCAUGAUGGCCAGCGCUGACUCCUUCUCUAAACACGCGCAUGAUGUGAUGCUGAAAUACAAGGACAAGAAAUGGUACCAGCUCUGAAGUCCCUGCAGGGAGUCAGCGCACCUUCCUAUAAAGACAGCAGAUCCAUCAUCUCUCCUCCGUUUCUUCCUUCUCUUCCUGUAUCUUUCUCUCUCUGUGAUGUCCAGAGACUGCCACUAGCGCUCAGCACAACGUCACGCAGCAUUACCUCGAGCUGAGGAGCUGCGGAAAGACAGAGGAGACAGGAGGGGAAGGAACGGGACAGGCGAAACGCAUCAGGACGGGAUUUCCUUUCCUUCUCGGUGGCAGUUGAGCUUCCUCUUCUGAAAACACAGCUGUGGAUCUUGUCUUGGGAGAGGAGGCCCAUCACCGGAGCUGCCCCUGUCUUAUACCUUCACCCGCCACGCUGUCAUUUUCACUGCCAUUCUGUCUGCAAAGAAACUCAAAAAAGGACCUUAAGGGAAAUGAAAGAUUUAAGAUGAAUGAAAUGGGUCAGAGGGACAUAGAGCUGACAAAAGAAAGUCUAACGUCUGCAGCAUUGCCAAGCUUAAUGCUUCUGAUAAUCUGUCACUAGAGCAAGAAUGGGUUGCAUGUCUAGUGAUUUAAUUUAGGAAAUUAGUGCUUUUUCUUGUUUUUGGAAUUGAGAUGAAUCUCAACUAGCUAAUAUUUCACCUCAAAAGCAAUAUUUUGCAUAAAGAAAACCUAUUUUUAGGAGGCAGGGGUGUUCUUCAAGCAAAAUAUUACAUAAAUUAGAUUUUAGGUUGAAGCAUAAGUAGAUUUCAUCAGAUUCUCCCGGUAAUCAUGUUAGCUGUGGAAAAGGCUGGAUUGUCUUACGUAAGGUGUGUAAGUACCAUUUAAUUUCACCUCUAAAGGGCUGGAAGUUGCUGUAUUUACCACAUAUCAUGUGAUUAAUUUGCCAUAUGAAAUUGCAGACGGGCCUGGGCAGUGGAGCUGAUCUGAUCAUGCAUCAUUUUGUUGGUUUACGCUGAUCAGGUCUCAAAAGAGCUUUUAGGGAAGAGAUCUGACUUGAUGUACUCCAUACGCUGUGUUGACACUGGAGAAAGAUGAUAUUGAUUUUGAAUAUACAUAUAUAAAGAUCUAAUUAGCAUGACUGUCUAAAAACGUGUCUGGCUCAUAUUUCAUACCUACAUCAAAAGAAAAAAUGUAUAUUUAGCAUGAAGACAAGUUUUUGUAAGAUCAUUCAUUUUCGCAUUGUGCUUAGAAAAGAACACUGUAAUACAAUUUAAAUGUUUUAUUUAGUUGCAUAAAUUAAAGACAGUUCAAAUACCACUAUGAUAUAUAUAUAUUUUGUCAAUUAAAAUGUUUUUUUAUCAUUUUGGUACAUUUAUUUAUUUUGUUUCACUUACAGAAUAAAAAUAUGCCCAAUUAUUCACAGUCCAAAAAAAUGGUUUAAUUUUCUAAAAACUUAUUUCUAAGUUUUUCUAACUUUUUUGGGGGCGAAAUAUGACCCAGACGUGCUUUUAAAAGGUUUCAACUGCUGAAUAUUUGCUGGUUAUGUACAAACAGAGAUCUGGAGCACGUAAAUUAUUUUUGAUCUAAGGGAGCAGGAUAUUUUUAUCACGAAGGAGCGCGAGUGAGAGUUGGUAAGUGUCAGGCAUGAUCUUGAUUAUGUGCCUUGAGAUGAAUGACAUGUCAGAAACCCGUCCGUUCUCCGGACACAAGAGACACCUUUGAAAUGUGCAAAGAGAACUGAUUCUUCAUAUGCAAAACAUCUUCCUCCUUAUCUCCCAUGAUGCAACUGCUCCUGGACGAGGAAAUCUCGAGGCUAAUGCGAGACUCAGUACAGUACCUGGUGACUUCCUCCUCUGAAGUACGUAAGGAAUGGAUUUCUCUGUGUAAUUUCUAAGAAGACUUUUCGGAUGGACUAAUGCAUGAGUUUGUCAUCCUCACAGAGAGCUGAAUAUAUCUAUCUCUGUUUGGAGGCGACCACUAAAUGUUCAGUGCAACUCCAUGCUUUCGGUCAGCAGCCCCUCGGAUGGGCAUUACCUUCUGCCUUUGCUUUGCAACCCAUGAAUAUAUCCUAACCUCGUGUGCAUAUACGUGUGUUCGUGAACAUACAUGUGCGAAAGAAUAUGUGUAUGCUCACGUUUAUAUAAACUAAAGAUACAAUAUAUUUGAAAGCA